GUGGUGGGGUUGAGUGAGAGGAGAUGGCUCACUUUUGUUUUGGUUUAUACCUUUGGUGAGUUUCAAGAGCUUUCCUACUCCCGGAGCCCGGUCCUGGGCCAAGCUUGCCCGGUCAACCAGUUUGUUGCUGCUGGUGGCCCGCUGACCCACAUCCGCCAAAGCCUGGUUGAUCCGGCACUAGCUGGAGGUACCUGUCCAAUUUCCUAUUGAAGACUUCUGCAAAUGUCCCAGCAGUGUUUGAUAUCUUUCGGUAAAAUAUUGAAUUGCCUGAGACCAUUGAUAUUGAUAGUGUUUGUUCUCUUACUGUGCACACUGCUUACGGCACCCUUGCUUUUUCACUGGGUUUAUUGAACAUUUCUCCCACAUGUCUCACUUCAGUAUGUUAUUCCAGUGUGUGCAGAUUUAGGACUAUGCCCUCGUGUACUUUCCACGUAUGUAUUGCCAUUCAUCUCUCUCACCUUCUCUCCAUCGAAUGCAUACAUAUUUAGGAUUUAGAGGCGUUCCCAGUAGUUUGGAUGAUUUAUUGGCUCUAUGCGAGCCAUAAGCUAUCUGUAACUGUUCCAGUUGUGAUUCUCUCCUGCCCUGAAUGCAGCUGUCAAAACUACAAUACUCCAGAUGAGGGAGAGCAUCGUCUGGUGUUGCUGGCUUGCGUGGUGGGAUCUCUGGAGGAGGAGGAUGAUGAUGGUCGGAAUGCAGACUCAGAAAGAACACUUGUAAUCUCCAACUGCCUCUGCUACCCAGACAGGCACACAAACAGUGGUGAGGAGGCUGGAAUGAGAGCAGAAAGAAACCUGAACACCUCCAGAUCAGUCUUCAACUUCCUGCAAGACUUUUAAUCCUGUUUUCUUUUUUUAAAUAUAUCUGUAACCAAGAACUAAUUUGGUGAUAGUGGCAUAGUGUUUUGGUGUUAAGGAACAAUCAAGGAAGCAAGAAAGUUUAUAUUUUUUUUUUAUUUGAGUGUAAUUAUAAAAAUGCCACUGAAG